AUGUUUAAGGCGUUUGGAUCCAAGAAGGAGAAGUUCGAGUUCCGGUUUAGGUUUCAUGCUACUCGGGUGCCGGCGACGGGGUUCGAGAGGCUGGUGGUGUCGCUGAUUCCGGUGGACACGGGGAAACUCGAGGGACAGACGCCCAAGGGAGUGGUGAAGAAUGGCACGUGCACAUGGACCGACACCGUCACCGAGGUCACUCGCCUCGCCAGGAACCCCAAGGGGAAAGGCUACGAGCAGAAGGUGUACCGGCUUAUCGUGUCCACGGGCUCCACGCGAGGCGGCAUUCUAGGCGAGGCGACUCUGAACCUCGCAGACUUUGCGGGCUUUAACCAGCUCGACCAGCGCGCGCUGCCGCUCAAGUACUGCCCCGCAGGCACCGUGCUGCAUGUGACCAUUCAAUGCUCGUCUCGUGAUCCCAGGGAGGGCGAGGAGUCGGACACUGGGCAGAGCGAGAACGAGGAGGAACUCACGCCCAAGAAGCCAGCCGGCAAAGCAGCUGCUGCUGCUGCUGUAGGGGCAGGCGCAGGAACAGGCGCAGCAGCGGGCGCAAGGGGAGCAGGGGGGGCAGGGGGCGGGGUGCAUGGAGCGGCGGCGGCAGGGCCGAAGCGGAUGAGUAAGAGCAAGUCGGACGCUAGCGACGUGCUGUCGAGCAUUGACCUGCCCAACACCACCACGCCCACCAAGGGGCAGGUGUGCGCUGGCAAGGGGCAGGUGUGCGCUGGCAAGGGGCAGGUGUGCGCUGGCAAGGGGCAGGUGAGCGCUGGCAAGGGGCAGGAUGACAACGACUCCGCGGAUGCCCUCUAUGAGCGCAACAGGGGCAGGGGCGCGGCAGCGCACGGGGGGGAGGCGCAGGCUCGCGCGGGCGGCAAGGAGCAGCCCGCGGGGGCUGAGGGGUUGCGCCUCAGUGUGGACACGGACGGCGCGGGGGGCGGAGGCGGAGGGGGAGGGGGGAUUUUCUUCUGGCGGAAUAAGGAUGCUUCCCCGCGCCAUGCGUCCCCCCUGCGCGGACGGUUUGGGCGCGACCCUUCCCCUGCACGCGUGCAUGCGCAGGUGGCGGAACCGAAGGAUGCGGGGAAGGAGAAGCAGCAUGGGGCGGGGGGCAUGCCGGACGCCUUGUCUCCUGCGCUCACCCCGUCCGUGGGCGCGACUGGGAUGGGGAACACAGGGCUGGAGGGGAGCGAGUAUGGGGAGAGGACGCCAGGGGAGAUGACUGGGGAGAAUGAGUAUAUAGAUGAGCUGCAGGAACUGCAGUCGCCUGGCGGGAUGGGGUCUAUGGGCGGUGGCGGUGGUGGUGGUGGUGGAGGUGGGGGUGGUGGGGGGGGUACUCCUAUGACUGGUAUGUCGCCCCGUGGAGCGUUGGGAAGCUGGAGUAAGGGGCCAGGGGGGACGCCUCAGACGCCGGUUAGUAUGGUUGGUAGCACAGGUACGGUUCCUGGGACUGCUGGCACUGGCGCGGGGUAUAAGCCCGCAUGGGCGGAGUCCGGCGGUGCGAGCGCGGCAGGCGGGGGGAUGGGCGCGGGCGGCGGUGGUCCGGGGGAUGGGCACCUGGUUUCCCCGCCCUCGAGUAUGAACUCGUCGCCUGUGGCUACUCCGCAGCACCAGCAGCAGCACCAGCACACGCGCCUGGCGUAUCCUGAGUAUUACCAAACGUCUGGUAGGGCAGGCAGCGGGGGAGGUGGCGGGAGUGCUGCUAGCGGCGCAGCCAGCGCCGCAUAUGGGAACCACCACCAGGGGGGAGCGCGCGGGGGAGGGAUAGGGGGAGGCAGCGGAGGAGGAGGCAGCGCGGGCGCCAAGGGGAACGGCGCGCUGCCUUCGCCCAGCGCAGGCGCCAUGUCGCCUGUCCCUGCUGGUCCCAUCCCCGACGGGUUCAGCCCCUUAGGCUCCGUGGGAAGCUCGCUGACAAACCCUCUCGGGGCAGUGCACGGGCGCGGCGGAGGAGCAGCGGUUAUGCGGGACUAUCCGGGGGAGCUGGCGGCGGCGGAGGCGGCUAUAGAGGAGCUGCAGCGGGACUGCGUGAAAUACCAGCUGAACGCGCGGAAUCUUACUAGAGAGGUGGAGAGCCUGAGAAGCCAGCUAGCUGAGGCGAUCACGCAGGACCAGAGGGCUGAUAUUGCGAUAGGGGAGUUGAAAGGGGAGAGGGAUCAGCUUCAGGAGGAGCUGAACCAGCUGCGGAUGGGAAGGGGAGGAGGGGAAGUGGGCGCCGGGGGGAUGGGGGAGGGGAGCGAGUGGAGCUUGGGCGGGCCCGGGGGCAUGCGCGGGGGGAUGGGGGGCGGAAGGGAGGUGGAGAUGCUGAUGGAAGAGGUGGAGUAUCUCAAGGGCACGGUUGAUAGCUUAUCAGCGCAGCUGGAGGUGUUUCAGCGGGACAACGUGGAGCUGUCUAAGUCGCUGGAGGAGGCGGAGAGAGAGGCGGGGAAGUACAGGCGGGACGCGGAGGAGCUGUUUGAGGAUAGGCGGGAGGCGCAAGCGGUGGCGAAGCGGCUGCAGAAGCAGAUGGAGGAGAAGGAGGCGGACUGGAACCGGCGGCUGGCGGAGCUUGCGCAGGGGAACGGGGGGAUGGACGGGUUGGGUCUGAGCGGGUUGGGGGUUUCGGAGGGGAUGGGCGGCGUGGGAGGGAGCGUGCAGUCGUCGGUUAAGAGGAGUUUGUUUGGCGGGGCGGACAGGCGCGCGGGGCUGGUUCCGCGGAACCUGAGGGAUGAGCUGGAGCUCGCGACGGAGAGCGAGGGGGAGGUGCGGGGCGGCGGAGGCAAUAAGCGGUACGCGGGGUAUGACGGGCAGGAGAGUAGCGGGACGGCGGGCAUGACUUGCGAUGAGAGUGUGCUGUUAGAGCUCCAGCAGAAGGUGGAAGAACUGGAGAAGGAGGCGCAGGAGCUCACAGCGGAGAGUCUUGAGUUAGCAACGGAAUUGAACACGGCGAAUAAGGAGGCCGAGCAGAAGGAUGUGCUGAUCGAGCAGCUGAAGCAGGAGUUGGUCGCGGCGAGAGGAGGGAGAGGCCUCCCGGCGAGUAUAGCGCAGCUGCUCCAGGCGAAGCCCAAGCCGAAGCCGUAUCAGCCCGUGCAGCUGCGGCAGCAGCGCCCUGCGCCGCCCCCCCCGCCUGCUCCCCCUGCCCCCUGCUUGUGUCCGAAAUGCUCUGAGCCUUCCGCCCCUGCGCUCUGCGCCAAGUGCACUCCCCCUCCCCCUCCCCCGCCCCCGCCUGUGGCUCCAUCUCCGCCCCCGCCCCCGCCCCCUCCCCCUGCUCCUGUGGUAGAGGAACCUAAGAAACCAGAGGUUGCGGCGAAGGCUGUGAGCAGCGAGGGCAGCAGCAGCGUGUCCGAGGAAGAUGCGCGGAAGCUGCAGGCGCGCGUGCAGGAGCUGCUGGAGCAGCUGCGGGUGCAACGGGUGGAGGCACAGGCCGCCAAGGAGGAGGUGGUGCAGCUGCGCAGCAAGGUGCGCGUCAGUGAAAUGGCCACCCAGAGGGCGAACGACAGGCUCAGUAUCUUAGAGGAGUAUGAACGGAGGGCUAGGGAGGUGGAGGCGGAGUUAGAAAGUACCAAGAAGCUGCUGGCGGCGGGGCGGCGGGCGAGGGAGGAGGCGGAGAGGAGGCACGAGCUAGAGGUGGAGCAUUUGAAGGAGGCGCGGGCGGAUGUGGAGAGUCAGUUGACUAGGUACGUGGAGGAGGUGGGGCGGCUGGAGAAGAAGUGUGCUGAUGAGGGCCAGGCAGGGAAGGAGCUGAGUGAGAGACUGGCUGAGGUGCUGGAGAAUGGGGUUGGUGGGAUUGAUCUGGAGGAUUCUGCGAGUCUGGCUGCGAGGGCUGAGGGGUUGGAUCCUGCUGGGAAGGUGGCACUGCUUGCUGAGGUGGCGUCUAAGUGGCGCGCGCGUGCCGCUGAGCUGGCGAAGGAGAAGGAGAAGCUGCGAGAGGAGAAGGACGACGUGGAGGGGAAAAUGGAGGAGCUGGAGAAGGGGAUGGGGUCGUGGAGGAGCGAUAGGGCGGGGUUGGAGAAGCAGGUACGGCUGCUGGACGAGGGGAAGAGAUUGGCGGAGUCCCGGGUUCAAGAGGUGGAGCUACAGCUGUCUGCCAUGCAGGAGCUUCUAGAUGAUGCCAAGGCGGAUUCUGCUGCUGCUGUGAGGCGCAGCAACGGUGGUAUGAGCGCCAGCGAGGUGGAGGAGAUGAGGGAGAGUAAUCAGAAGGCGAGGAGGCGGAUUGUGGAGCUUGAAGGGCAGGUGAAGGCGCUUGAGACGAGGCUGGCGGAGUGGGAGGUGAGGGAGCUGUCUGGUUUGGGCAGUGGGGAUCGGCGCGGGAAGAGCAAGGAGCUGGAGGAGGCUCGGAAGAGGGUUGCCGAGCUUGAGGCGGAGGUUCGGAAGGUGGCUGGGGAGUCCGGGGCGGGGAAGAGGGAGGUGGAGAUGAGGGUGCUGCGCCUGGAAGGGGCGUGUGGGAAGCUAGAGGCGGAACUGCAGGAGGCGAAUACGGGGAAGAGAAGGGCAGAGGAGAGGGUUGCAGAGGUGCAGGCUCAACUGGUAGUGGUGACAUCUGAGGCCAAGGCAGAGACAGGGAGAGCAAAGGAGCUUGAGGGGCGGUUGCAGCGAGCGGAGGCGAGAGAAGGGGAGCUGAUGAGCGAGGUGCAGGGGCUUGAGGGACGGUUGAAGGAGGUGGAGCGGGAGAAGGAGCGGUUUAGUCGGGUGCUGGGGCAGGAGGAGGCGAAGCGGGAGGCGGCAGAGGCGAGGGCGGUAGCAGGGGAGGCGGCGGGGGAGAGGGUGAGGGAGCAGAUGGGGAGGGACCUGGCGAGGAUGAAAGAGGUUGAGGCGAAGCUAACAGCGCGGUUGCAAGGGGUGGAGAGGGAUAGGGAUGAGGCAAAGACGAGGGCGGGCAAGGCAGAGGAGGGGCAGAGGCGGGAGAAGGAGGAGAGGCAAGCGGCUGUAGCACGGCUACAGGCGGAGGUGCAACUGCUGACAGAGCAGCUAUCCGCGUCUGUGAGCGCGAGUGGUAACUUAAGAAGGGAGAAUACGAGUGCGGUGGAAGCGGCUGAGCUGAGGGCUGCUAAGGGGAAGCUGGAGGAUCGGUUGAGGCGAGCGGAGGCUGAGCUCAGGGAUGCGAUAGCUGAGAGGAACAAGGCGGAGCUUGAAGUGGAAAGUCAAAGGCGGGCUGUGGCUGCUGAGAAGGCUGCAGCGCGCAGCAGAGAGGCCGCGUGGGCGGUUGAGGCUGAGGGGCUGAAGAGGGAAGCAGCAGAGGCGGGAGAAGCAGUGGUGAAGCUGAGGGGGGUUGAGGAGGAGCGGGACGAGCUGAUUCGGCAGCUGGGGGAGGCGGAGGCGGGUGUAAAGCGGUUGGAAGCGGUGAGGGAGGAGCUUGAGGGGGAGAAGCGGGCGUUGGUGGCCCAACAGGGGAUCAUGGCUGCGAAAGUGAAGGAGUUGGAGCGGGUGAAGAGCGAUUUGGUGGCUUUACGGACGGAGAAACAGGUGCUAGAGGAGAGGAGGCUUACACUCUCGCUUAAACUGGCUAAGAUGGAGGAGGGGCUGAGUGAGCUGGAGGAUUUGCGGGCCAAGCAUGUGGUGCUGGAGGGGGAGGUGGGGGAAUUGGCGGCUAAGGCAGGGGAGGUGGUGGGGUUGAGAGAGGAGAAGAAGCGGUUGGAAGGAGUGGUGAGGGAUUUGGAGGAGCGGGUGGAGCAGCUGGCGAGUGUGUCUGGGGGGGGUGGGUCUGCGGGUGGUGGGGGUAUUGGGGGGGGAGCGGGAGGGGCGGUGGCGAGUGCAUUGGCAGAGGAGGUGCGGCAGCUCAAGCAGCAGAAUGGGGAGUUGAAAAAGCAGUUGGCGGAGGUGAAGGGAGAGGGGGAUGGGGGGAUGGGUGUGGGCACUGUGGGCAUGGGCGCUGGUAGCGCAAUGAAAGGCAGGCCAAUGGGGGGAGGCGGAGGGGGGAUGAUGGGCGGGGGAGGGGGCGGAGCAUUCGCCCGCGGGGGGCGGGCGGGGGGGAUAAUGUCCGCACGUGGGGGAGGGGAGGGUGGGGCGGAGAGGCAGGUGGAGGAGCUGAGGAAGAGGACGAUGGCUCUGGAGGGCGAGCUGCAGCGCAAGGCAGAGGCGCUGGCUGCUGCUGAGCGACAGCUGGAGGCCGCGAAGCAGGCUGCAUCUGGGGGAGGUGGCGGGAUGGAGAGCCAAGUGGGCAAGCUUGAGGUGAGAGGCGGGAUCUCCUUUGGGGGGAGUGGAGAGGACCAAGUGCGGUCGUUGGAGCAGUCUCUAGAGAGCAGCAGAGCCACAGCAGAGGCGAGGGAGCGCAGCCUGACAGAGCGGCUGGAGCAGCUGGAAGCAGCCAACGAGCUGCUGGGGAGCAGAGGAGACAACGCCACUGCCAGGCUGAACCAGGAGUUGCGCAAGGCGCAGCAGCAGGUGGGGGAAGCACGCGUGAGGGAGGCGGAACUGCGGUGGGUGGGAGAGGUGGGAUGGGUGAGAGGGGUGGGAGAGGUGGGAGGGGUGGGAGAGGUGGGAGGGGUGGGAGGGGUGGGAGGGGUGGGAGGGGUGGGAGAGGUGGGAGGGGUGAGAGGGGUGGGAGAGGUGGGAGGGGUGGGAGAGGUGGGAGGGGUGGGAGAGGUGGGAGGGGUGGGAGGGGUGGGAGAGGUGGGAGGGGUGGGAGGGGUGACUACUUGUGGUCAUUGGGACCCUCGCAAGGCAGCAGCGCAGCGCAUGGCGAGUGGCGUGGCGGAGAGAAUGGCGAUUCUGGAAACGGAGCUGGCAGAGGCUCUGGAGGCCAACAACCGUUACAAGGAGCAGCUCAAGCGUGCAAUGGCGAGCGCAGGGGCAGCAGACAGCAGUGCAGCACAGCAGUCACACGAGGGUGAGCUGGCAGCAAGGCUUGCUGACAUGGCAGCACAGCUGGAGGAAUCCAAGCGGGCGGCGCAGGCAGCAGAGGGUGAGCUGGCACGAUUGAGGGCGGAGCAUGAGGCCUUUGCUGCCAGGCUGGCACAGGCUGAUGUGGACAAGAAAGGGGAGAGAAAGUCUAAAGGAGAAGUCGAGCGGAAAGCUGAGAAGAAGGAUGAAAAGAAGAGGGAGGAGAAGAAAGAGGAGAAGGAGGAGAAGAGGAGGGAGGAGAGGCGCCUGGGUUCAAGGCCUGCCAGUCCAAGAAGCAAGGUGGGGGGGAUUACCAGCAGCUCUGCCACUCCUGCCAGUGCGAGUGCGGCCAGGCUGGGCAGAAGCAGCAGCUCCAGAGGCAUGGGUCUCGUCUAG